AUGGAUCUUAUGAACCGAGUAUUUCAUGAGUACUUGGAUCGGUUCGUGAUUGUAUUCAUUGAUGACAUCUUGGUGUUUUCUAAAAGUAGAGCAGAGCAUGAGGACCAUCUUCGCACUGUUCUAGGAACUUUACACCAGGAGAAGUUAUACGCAAAAUUUUCUAAGUGCGAAUUUUGGCUUGAACAAGUGGCGUUUCUAGGUCACAUUGUAUCAGCGGAAGGUAUCACAAUGGAUCCAUCAAAGGUGGAAGCUAUCACUAAAUGGCCCAGACCAACUUCAGUUACCGAAGUUCGAAGUUUUCUUGGUCUAGCAGGUUAUUAUCGACGUUUCGUAGAGGGAUUUUCUAUUUUGGCCUUACCUCUCACUCAACUCUUGAGGAAAGGGGUAAAAUUUACUUGGAACGAUGAUCGAGAAAAGAGUUUUGAGGCAUUGAAGCAGAAGCUAGUAUCCGCUCCUAUUCUUACUCUACCUUCUGGCACAGGCGGAUUCGAUAUAUACAGUGAUGCAUCGAAGAAAGGGCUUGGUUGUGUUCUCAUGCAGCAUGGAAAGGUUAUUGCUUAUGCCUCGCGUCAGCUUAAACCUACGAGGUGA